AUGCUUUCAUCUCUGUCAUGCCAUCUGCAAAGAGAGCUGGAAACAUUUCGCGAAGAGUGGAGGUUAGAAUUGCGGCAAAAGAGAAGCCCCGUUCGGAAGGUGAACGACAACCGCUUUUGGCAAGUAAUGGCUAUAUGGACGCUUCCGGACGAUGUUAUGUGCGAAAUAUUCCACGCCGCCGCUGAGCUCGAACCCCCACGAAGAGCGAGUGUGCUACGCGCUUGGCCCGAGCUAGACACCUCUCGUAUGGAGCACCUAAUUGCUCUGGGGUGGAUUCGUCUCACGCACGUCUGCCAGAACUGGAGGGCGAUCCUACUGAGCAUGACCGACCUAUGGGGUCGUGUAGCGUUCACGUUCACGUCCCGCUCGGCCUUCCCGACCUUAUUCGUCCGUGCUGGAGGGGCACCCGUGGAUAUUGAUGCUCCUCUUGAUGAGGAGAAGUGGCCUCGAUGCGAGGCCCUCAUCAGUCUUCCGCUAGCUCGAUCACUCAGGAUCAACAGCCGAGUAACUCCAAGGUUACACGCGUUUCUGACGCUGAACUCGGAAUCGAUGUCCUGGCUGCGUGACCUACGCAUGGUGUUGCCUUACGACAAAGAGGCAGACCUCGAGUUGGCUCAGCGUAACAUCACUAUCGAUGCACCCCGCCUCGAAUGCGCAUCUUUCAAGUUUUGCCGAGGGAGCUCUAUCACUCUGUCUUUCACUACCACGAUGCUCCGCCACCUGGAAGUACGCGCCGAAUACAGCGUGCGAAACGGAAGCCAUAUCACAGGAAACUACGCGUGGAUUAUUGCCCUCUUGCGCACGUCUCCGCUGCUGGAGAACCUGUCAAUCGUUAUCAACCCAGGAGAGAGUGUAGUCGACUGGGACUCACUCCUACACGGAACGUCACUCCAGCUCGCAAAGCUCCGGACUAUCAAGCUGGAGGAUAGCUCGUACUCUCAUCUAAUCCCCCUCAUGAAGCACAUUCGCGCCGCUGGCCCACCUUCUUCACUAUCCGCCUCUUUUGGGACCUAUCUCGGCGAGCCCGUAGCACGCCUGCUCUGGCAACAGUACAUCUCUCGUGUUGCGGAGUAUACGCGCGGCUUUGUAGGCUAUCUUGGCCGGAUAGACCAUAAUGCGUUCUUCCUCGGCGCGACGAAGGGUACCAAACGCCUCUCCAUUCGAUCUCUACCCAACAGCGACGUAGACCCGGCGGAUCUCGCCAAUACUCUACACGAUCAGGAUGUCGAUCGCGCUUUAGCGAUCGAAGAGCUGGUGAAUAUGGUUUCGCUGAAUGUCACGGACAUCGAGUAUCGUCCACCCAGGGACCCACGGCCCGAUUACGAAUGGUUCUCCACGCUGGCGGACAGCAUUCCGAAUAAGGAUCGCAUUGAGCAACUCUUCUUACGUGUCGAAUUGAAUCAGGACUAUGUCUGGUCCAGCCGGUGCCGCGAGCGCCUCCUACGCCCGAUGACGGCCGUACGCACUCUGUGCCUUCUACCGUGCAUGUCUCAGAGCAGCUGCAUAGAACAGCUGGUACUCUGCCAUAUGGACCCAACGUUCUUUCCCGCGCUGCAGACUCUCAUCGUCAGAUUGGAGAUGUCUACCCAUUUCGAGGACCACGCACGACUGGGCGAAUGA